AUGGGAAAGUCAACGGCGUGUUUGAUUGGUGCCAUUGUGAUCCUGUGGUGCUGCAUAACCCAUGUCAUGUCUGAUGCAUCGGAUCACCGUUACAGCAAAGGAGAUUCCGUUCCCUUUUAUGCCAACAAGGUGGGACCCUUUCACAAUCCCAGUGAGACAUACAGAUAUUUUGAUCUUCCCUUUUGCUCACCAGCUAAUGUGGAAGAAAAAAAGGAAGAUCUCGGUGAAGUUUUGAAUGGGGAUCGAUUAGUUGUUGCUCCUUACAAACUGGACUUCCAAAUUGACAAAGAACCUGAAAGUAUCUGCAAAAAGAGGCUUUCAAUAAAAGAGGUUGCUCAAUUCAGACAUGCUGUCUUGAAGGACUAUUUUUACCAAAUGUACUAUGAUGACUUGCCCAUUUGGGGUUUCCUUGGAAAAUUUGACAGUGAAGACAAGGAUGAGCCAACCGGGGUCACAGUCCAUCUUUUCACGCAUGUCCAUUUUGAGAUUCUGUACAAUAAGGAUCGCAUCAUUGAUGUUUUCAUUCGAAACGAUCCACGUGCAGUUGUGGACCUGACAGAAAAUAGAGAAGUAGAUGUGAACUUCAUAUAUUCUGCCAAAUGGAUUGAAACCGAUACUCCAUUUGAGAAGAGGCUGGAGAAGUACUCGCAAACGUCCUCACUGUCACAUAACUUGGAAAUCCAUUGGUUUUCUGUCAUCAAUUCAUGUGUAACUGUUCUCCUCCUGACUGGAUUCCUCGCCAUAAUUCUCAUGCGUGUUCUCAAGAAUGAUUUUGUUAAGUUUACUCCUGAUGAGGAAGCAGUUGAUGACCAGGAGGAAAGUGGAUGGAAAUAUAUCCAUGGUGAUGUGUUCAGGUACCCAAGGUUCAAGUCUUUGUUUGCAGCAGCACUUGGAACAGGAACCCAGCUCUUUACACUUGCAAUAUUCAUCUUUAUGCUUGCUCUAGUUGGGGUUUUCUAUCCAUACAAUAGGGGAUCUUUGUUUACUGCACUGGUGGUCAUAUAUGCACUAACGUCCGGCAUCGCAGGCUACUAUGCAGCUUCCUUUUAUUACAUGAUUGAAGGCAAAAACUGGGUGAAAAUUUUGGUGUUGACUGGAAGUUUGUUCUCUGGACCUUUGUUUUUCACAUUCUGCUUUCUUAAUACUGUUGCACUUGCCUAUAACACCACUGCAGCACUUCCAUUUGGAACAAUUGUGGUUAUUUUCCUCAUAUGGACUCUUGUAACCUCACCUUUGCUAGUACUGGGAGGGAUUGCUGGUAAGAAUAGCCAAUCAGGGUUUCAAGCUCCUUGCCGCACCAAUAAGUAUCCUAGGGAGAUACCCCAACUACCUUGGUACCGUACAACUCUUUCUCAAAUGGCUAUGGCAGGUUUUUUGCCGUUUAGUGCCAUUUACAUUGAACUCUACUACAUAUUUGCUAGUGUGUGGGGCCACCAAAUUUACACCAUAUACAGCAUUUUGUUUAUUGUUUUCCUCAUCCUAUUGAUUGUCACUGCGUUUGUCACUGUGGCAUUGACAUACUUUCAGCUUGCCACCGAGGACCAUGAAUGGUGGUGGAGGUCUUUCCUUUGUGGUGGAUCAACUGGCUUGUUCAUAUAUGGGUACUGCUUGUAUUACUAUUAUGAAAGAUCAGAUAUGUCUGGCUUCAUGCAAACCUCUUUCUUUUUUGGCUACAUGGCUUGCAUUUGCUAUGGUUUCUUUCUCAUGCUUGGAACAGUGGGAUUCCGUGCUGCUUUGAUCUUUGUCCGUCACAUAUAUCAUUCUAUCAAAUGUGAAUAA